AUUCCUGGAGCUUUCAAGAGUAAUAAAAAGCCACAAUUAAAACACAUGAUAGUUGACACAACCUGAACAUCUGUUUUCCUUUUCACUUGUUGAUUUGUUAUCUUCUUUGCUUACUUAACAAUGGCCAUCACUUUUUUCACAUUUUCCCCGGCACAAUCUAAACCUUUUCUUCAAUCACAACCAUAUAGUUUUAGUUCAAUCAAAUGUUGUCAAAACAGUACAGCUGAAACUGUUAAUCUUUCUCAAAAUGGGCAUGUCAGUUAUCCGGAAAAAACUCUUCAUAUGCCUCCGGCUAGUAUUCCUCCUCCACGGCCUUGCCGGAUAAUCCUGGUUAGACAUGGAGAGAGUGAAGGAAAUAUUGAUGAAAGUGCUUAUACUAGAAUUCCUGAUCCAAAGAUUGCACUCACAGACAAAGGUAAGGAUCAGGCUGAAGAAUGUGGAAGAAGAAUUAGGGAGCUGAUUGAGAAAGACGGAGCCGAUGACUGGAAGGUUUACUUCUAUGUGUCACCAUAUAGAAGGACUCUCGAAACAUUACAGAACUUGGGUCGUGCAUUUGACCGCUCAAGAAUUGCUGGCAUGAUUAAAGAACCUCGAAUUCGAGAGCAGGAUUUCGGGAACUUUCAGGAUAGAGAGAAAAUGCGAGUUGAGAAAACCAUUCGUAGGCUUUAUGGUCGUUUCUUUUACCGCUUUCCUAAUGGCGAAUCUGCAGCUGAUGUUUAUGACAGAAUCACAGGAUUCAGAGAAACACUUAGAGCGGCUAUUGAUAAUGGAAGGUUUCAACCACCAGGAGAACGAAGCCAAAAUAUGAACUUGGUAAUUGUUUCCCAUGGUCUCACAUUACGUGUGUUUCUGAUGAGGUGGUACAAAUGGACAGUUGAGCAAUUUGAAGGGCUUAACAAUUUGGGCAAUGGAAAAAUGAUGGUUAUGGGACAAGGCUCUGGUGGAAGGUACAGCUUAUUAGUACACCACACCGAAGAAGAGCUGAGAGAGUUUGGACUGACAAAUGAAAUGAUAAUGGAUCAAGAAUGGCAAAGUUAUGCAAAACCCAGAGAAAUAAACUAUGAGUGCCCAUUGGUGAAUUCUUUCUUCACUCACUUUUGAUGAAGACGGCUCCCAAGUUUAAGGGAAGGUUUAUUAUUCACCAACAUAUGUAUAUCGCCAUAGAAGACAAGACAGAAGCUCGUCACCAGACAGACAGGAUUCUAACUGGUAGAUCAUUUUACCUGAAAAAUCAAGAACGCUAUCAACGGAAUAUGGCGUCCAAUCCAAUGAAGCUAUAUUAUAAAUGCUAGAUGAUGGAAGUGAACAAUCCAUAAUAAAUUCAUAUUGUAGAAAAGUGGGUGUGGCAUACCGUAUACAAAUGCAG